CUGAUCAUGCACAUCCAAAGAGCUCCUGGUUACAAUCACUUAAGGCGGAGAAACGCCACAGUAACAUGCUGUGUUUACCUCGAGGAGGCAGAAGUAUUCAUAACUUGCGAAGUUGGAGGACGCAAAUGCGGAAUGAGAUUACUCGCAUUUGAUUUAGGGUUUAGUAGCUGGGAGAUGAGAAUCAGAAUGCAAUGAAGCCUAAUGGCAUAGGACUUGGAAUGGCUUGGCCGGAGUCACAAGUUGCACAGCCGCAACAAGCGAAUGGGGUACGGGAAAGAGAACCAACUACUGAUAAUCAACGGCUGAAAAGGCGGUCUUCUUCUGGGUUUUUAACGAAUGACGGGAAUAUGGGACCACUCGCGGUUCAGAAUUCAUUUUUACCCACCAGUUUGGGGGUUCAUCAUGCUCCUUGGAAGGAGUCACUUUCAUUUGCAUCUAUUCUUAGAUCUCGCAACAAAAUCGUUGAUGCGUUGGCAAUAUAUGAGAGUAUUUUGGAGGUGGAGCCUCAAAAUGUGGAAGCUCAUGUUGGAAAAGGAAUUUGCUUACAAGUCCAGAAUCUUCCUCGGCCUGCAUUUGAAAGCUUCCGAAAGGCUUUACAGCUUGACGCUCAGAACGCUUGUGCUCUGACUCAUUGUGGAAUUCUUUAUAAAGAGGAAGGUCACUUGCUUGAAGCAGCGGAGGCAUAUCGCAAAGCCCUAAUGGCAGAUCCUACUUACAAAGCAGCUUCAGAAAACCUAGCUGUAGUGCUCACUGAUUUAGGCACUAGUCUUAAGCUAUCUGGUCAUGUUCAAGAGGGUCUGGCAAAGUACUAUGAUGCCUUGAAGGCAGACAGUCGCUAUGCCCCAGCAUAUUACAAUUUGGGAGUUGUCUAUUCGGAAAUGAUGCAAUAUGACAUGGCUUUGAGUUGUUAUGAAAAGGCAGCUGCAAAUAGGCCCAUGUAUGCAGAGGCUUACUGCAAUAUGGGAGUUAUCUACAAGAAUCGUGGUGAUUUAGAUGCGGCUAUUUCUUGUUACGAAAGGUGCUUGGCAGUGUCUCCUAAUUUUGAGAUUGCGAAGAACAACAUGGCCAUUGCUUUAACAGACCUGGGGACCAAGGUCAAGAUAGAAGGAGACAUCCAUCAAGGAGUAGCAUGCUACAAGAAAGCCCUUCUUUAUAACUGGCACUAUGCGGAUGCUAUGUAUAACUUAGGGGUUGCAUAUGGUGAACUGCUCAAAUUUGAUAUGGCUGUAGUGAUGUACGAGUUGGCUCUGCAUUUCAAUCCUCACUGCGCAGAAGCUUGCAACAACCUGGGUGUUAUUUACAAGGACCGUGACAAUCUAGAUAAAGCUGUUGAAUGUUAUCAGAUGGCUCUGCAAAUUAAACCGAACUUUUCUCAGUCGCUCAACAAUCUUGGGGUUGUCUACACUGUCCAGGGAAAGAUGGAUUCCGCUGCUAGUAUGAUUGAGAAGGCCAUUUUGGCUAAUCCGUCUUAUGCCGAAGCCUACAAUAACCUAGGUGUACUGCAUCGGGAUGCGGGUAACAUUCCUCUUGCUAUCGACGCAUAUGAACGUUGCUUGGUCAUUGAUCCAGAUUCUCGGAAUGCGGGCCAGAAUCGUCUGCUGGCUAUGAAUUACAUCUACGAGGGUGAUGAUGACAAACUCUACAAUGUUCACAGUGAUUGGGGAAAGCGUUUCAGUCGACUUUAUCCUGAAUUUACGACUUGGAGCAAUUCAAAAGACCGAGACCGUGUUCUGACGAUUGGCUAUAUAUCUCCUGAUUACUUUACUCACUCUGUGUCUUACUUUAUUGAAGCUCCUCUGCUACACUACGAUUUCACGAAUUUUCACCUAGUGGUAUAUUCUGCAGUUGUCAAGACGGAUGCAAAAACGCAGCGAUUUAAAGACACUGUUCUAAAGAAAGGUGGUGUUUGGAGAGAAGUCUAUGGUAUUGAUGAGAAAAAAGUGGCUAAUAUGGUUAAAGAGGAUAAGGUAGAUAUUCUCGUAGAACUUACUGGACAUACUGCUAAUAAUCGUCUUGGAGUUAUGGCACGCCGACCUGCUCCUAUUCAGAUAACUUGGAUCGGAUAUCCCAACACGACUGGCUUAUCAACAAUCGACUACCGUUUUACAGACGCGUUGGCAGAUCCACCAAACACUACACAAAAGCAUGUUGAGGAGCUUGUACGGCUACCAGAGUGUUUCUUGUGCUACACCCCAUCCCCAGAGACUGGACCUAUUGUUCCAUCACCUGCUCUCAGUAACGGUUUUGUCACAUUUGGUAGCUUCAAUAAUCUCGCUAAGAUAACGCCACGUGUACUACGAGUGUGGGCAAGGAUACUCAUUAAGGUGCCCACUGCCCGACUUGUGGUAAAGUGCAAGCCAUUUUGCUGCGACAGCGUUAGAGAUACCUUUCUGUCGAAGCUUGAAGAACUAGGUGUAAAAUCGCUUCGAGUAGAUUUGCUACCAUUGAUUCUUCUCAACCAUGAUCACAUGCAAGCCUAUUCUCUAAUGGAUAUAAGUUUAGAUACGUUUCCAUAUGCAGGCACAACCACUACGUGUGAGUCGCUCUAUAUGGGUGUGCCCUGUGUAACAAUGGCUGGGAAGGUCCAUGCCCACAAUGUGGGCGUCACACUCCUGCAUCAAGUUGGUUUGGAGAAUCUUGUAGUAAGGACAGAAGACGAUUACGUAGACAAGGCAGUACAGCUAGCAUCAAACACCUCUUCGCUUGCAGCUCUACGAAACGGACUCCGUGAAAAGAUGCUGAAGUCGUAUCUUUGUGACGGCCCCAAAUUUGUCAGGGGGCUUGAGGAUACGUAUCGGCAAUUGUGGCAUCGUUACUGCGAUGGGGAUGUUCCAUAUGAGACAAGGAAGAAGGCAGAGAAUAAUGCUCUCGUAAGUCUCUCAGCGAGCGCCGAUUUGUCAAUGGAGGCUGUCUCUACCCCACCUCAGUUAAACUCAGCCAUUGUGACCCCCACUCCCUCGCCCACUUCAACAUUAUCCAUGACAGAUGGUAAUACUUCGAGCGAGACCCGUGCUAAGUGCCAGAAGCUAAGUCCAUCUAGCUGACUCGAACAUCGUGUAUCUCCCACACUCAGGGGAGAGUAGCGGUAGUCAGGUGCUGGAUUCUUUCAGAUCCAUUGCAUUUUGCUCUUAACAGAGCGAUUUCUUACCUGUGGACACUUCCACGCAGACUCCUCUCGUGUCUAGGAGUGAGUCGUAUGGAUUCAUUUUGAUGAGGUGGUCUGCCACUAUUGAAUUAUUUAAACUAGUGCGUGCCUACUGAAACCAGUACAUUGAAGCAGACAGCCAUGGCUCCCAUGAGUAUUUGUAGGCAUUCAUCAGAUCUAACGCCUUAAUACUUGUGUCUCAUCUUUAUCUCUAAAUGUUGAUUGUGAUGUUAGUCUUUGAAG